AUGCGCGCGAUCUGGCACCCCGACAUGCAGAAGAAAGGCGAAGCAAAAUGCUUCUCCCCGCACAUCACCUACCUCGCAGGAUACAUCGGCUUCGGGCUCGACGCGUUCACAGAUCUAGCCUGCUCCGCCAUCCCCAUCUUCAUCAUCAAACCGCUGCAUAUGCGACCGAGGACGAAAUGGCCGCUCUGCGUGCUCAUGGGCCUCGGCUGCCUGACCGCUGCGUAUGCGAUAGCGAAAGCUGUCACGUUGGAGGGAGUUUUCGAUCAGGACUACACGUUCGGGCUUACCAAACCUGCCGUGUGCACCAUCCUGGAGCACCUGUUUGGCAUGAUCCUCGCGAGUCUGCCGGCGCUGAGGACAAUGUUUGGCAACCUCUUUGGGAAAGAGUCCGCUCGGGGGAAUAGCGACAGGCGCUCGGGAGGGAGGGACACGCCGCCCUGGUGGACGAGACAGUCGAGCGGGUGGUCGACGCCGAAGUUUACGGCGAGGACUUCGUGGGUGCCGCCGAAGAGCUGGCGGUUGGGACGGAAGGAGAAGGAAAGUUUUUCGGGUACCGACAGUGAGGGGAGCGCGACUGUGGUUGAGAGUCCGCAGGUGAGGUCGGUGCCGCAGAAGCAUAGGAAGGGAGAGGAAUGUGUGGAGUGUGGAGGGACGGGGGUAAUGCCGCCGAAGAGCAUAAAGAAGACGGUGAGCUAG